GUGGGCUCUAAAGAAAACAGACGCAUGAGUAAAGGAAUAGAGGGCUACCCCCCUCCUCCUCUCUUCCUCUCCCACUCUUUCUCCUCCAUUGACAGAGCUGAGAGAACGCUCCCCAGGUUAGACAUCCAGACAGACCUCUCUCCACUACAUGGACUAUCUACCACAGCACACAAAACAGACACGUUCUAUUGUUUCGACUUUCGUUUGGGGGGAAUUGUGUGUGUUUUCCUUAAAAAAAGCUGUCUUUCAAUGCAACAAUGAAGCUUUGUUGGACUUAAGUUUCCACAGAACCAGGAGCCGGUACAUCAGAACGCCGAAGAAGACUUAGGUCCGUUUUCAGAGCGAUCCUGUCGGGUUUUUGGACAGACUGGUUUCCAGGUGCGGUUGCUCCAACAGAGAUGGGCUCAGACGUACGUGACCUCAACGCCCUGCUGCCCCCGGUGCCAGCCCUGCCAGGGGGGAAUGGGAACUGUACCCUGCCCGUCAGCAGUGCCCCUCAGUGGGGCCCUGUACUGGACUUCCACACUGGUGCCCCCUACAGCUCGCUGGCCCCCCACUCCUUCAUCAAGCAGGAGCCCAGCUGGAGCUCUGGGGAUCCCCAGGAGGACCCUCACUGUGGCCUGAGUGCCUUCACCCUGCACUUCUCUGGCCAGUUCACUGGCACAGGGGCCUGCAGGUACGGGGCCUUCGGGGCCCCCCCUCCACCCAGUCAGCCCCCACCAAGCCAGCCAAGGAUGUUCAGCAACGCACCCUACCUGACCAAUUGUAUGGACACCCAGCCCUCUUCCAGGAACCAGGGUUACAGUGCUUUCGAUGGUGCCACUAAUUAUGGUCACACUCCCACACAUCACUCCUCCCAGUUCCUCAGCCACUCCUUUAAAGAUGAAAACUCCCUAGCUCAGCAGACCAGUAUGGGUGAGCAGCCGUAUUCUGUCCCUCCACCCGUGUAUGGAUGCCACACCCCAUCAGACAGCUGUACAGGCAGCCAAGCCCUACUGCUGAGGAACCCUUACAACAGCAGUGAUAAUUUAUACCAAAUGGCAUCUCAGCUGGAAUGCAUGGCAUGGAACCCUGUUAGCACGCUGGCUUCCACCAUUAAGAGCCAUGCUACGGGCUAUGAAAGUGACCCCAACCCUCCCAUGGUGUAUAGCUGCAGCACCCAGUACCGCAUCCACACCCACGGCAUCUUCAGAGGCAUGCAGGUCAGUUCUCUCCUCUCACACCCACGGCAUCUUCAGAGGCAUGCAGGUCAGUUCUCUCCUCUCACACCCACGGCAUCUUCAGAGGCAUGCAGGUCAGUUCUCUCCUCUCACACCCACGGCAUCUUCAGAGGCAUGCAGGUCAGUUCUCUCCUCUCACACCCACGGCAUCUUCAGAGGCAUGCAGGUCAGUUCUCUUCUCUCACACCCACGGCAUCUUCAGAGGCAUGCAGGUCAGUUCUCUUCUCUCACACCCACGGCAUCUUCAGAGGCAUGCAGGUCAGUUCUCUCCUCUCACACCCACGGCAUCUUCAGAGGCAUGCAGGUCAGUUCUCUCCUCUCACACCCACUGCAUCUUCAGAGGCAUGCAGGAUGUCCGACGGGUGCCAGGUAUCGCUCCAGCCAUUGUUCGCUCAGAGACCAAUGAGAAGAGGCCAUUCAUGUGUGCAUAUCCUGGCUGCAACAAACGAUACUUCAAGCUGUCCCACCUGCAAAUGCACGGCAGGAAACACACAGGUGAGAAGCCCUACCAGUGUGACUUUACCGACUGUGGACGAAGGUUCUCCAGGUCAGACCAGCUCAAGAGACACCAGCGAAGACACACAGGGGUUAAACCGUUCCAGUGCGAGACGUGUCAGAGAAAGUUCUCGCGGUCUGACCACCUUAAGACCCACACCCGGACUCAUACAGGUAAAACAAGCGAGAAGCCCUUCAACUGCAGAUGGCCCAACUGUCAGAAGAAGUUUGCCAGGUCUGAUGAGCUGGUUCGUCACCACAACAUGCAUCAGAGGAACCUGACCAAGCUGCAACUUGCCAUCUGAGCCAGAUCUGAACCAGACCACUCUGCACUGCAUACACACUGGCCUCGCUGCUCUCUAACACUCUGCCUACAUGAGACUCUGAAUCUCCAUCUCGUUCAACGAUGCCUGUAGCACAAAGGGGACACGCAGCAGAGCAGGUCUAUCCACUAGAUAGCACAGCCACAAAGUAAAACAUGACUGCGUUGUAAAGAUUCACAAAAACAACAAUGAGCUUUUUAGUCUUAAUUUAAGGUAAGGGUUAGGUAUAAGGUUUUAAAGAAGAGAAAUUGUAGAUAUUUAAAGAAGAGAAAUUGUAGGAAUAGGCGGGGUUUAUUACUUUGUGGCUGUGGUAACAGAGCAGGGGGCUGACAGUCUUGUUCAUCUGCAUGUAGCUGUAGAGCCUCACCUACGCACAGUCCUCCAAACAGCCCCAUCUAAGGACGGUCCUCUGUCCAGAUGCUCUGAUCCAGAGGGUUAUUUUUAGUAAGACAUUUAAAGAGGAAAAAAAAUAGUUUCUGUCUCUUGUUGGUGUUGUAUACAGUAGACGUGAAUGACUUUAUGCUUUUUUUUAUUAUUGACUUUGAGCAGUUUCAGAUUAAUUUAUUAUUUUAUCAUACUUUUGUGAAUUAAAAUAUCUUUCACUGGAAUGAUUUCUGGAACGGGGGACAUUUUUUACUUUGGUCCAACAGCAUGUUCAUCAUCGCUUUCGUUCAGUCCACAAAUUUGAUCUGCACCAGGUAGUUGAAUCAUAAAGCUACAGUAAGUCCGCUUCGGUCUGGGAUGUUGUCUGUAAAUAUUGUUUCACUUUGACUGUGGAUUUUGGGGAUGUGAGUUAAAAAAUAUACAUGUAUUGUCACACUGGCUAUGUGGCCAAGAAGUUGUGGUAUUAAAUUAUGUAAAUAAUAGUACUGGACAAUGGAUUGUAUUUGAAAAAAAUAUCCUUGCCAUGGAAACAUGUGACUUAAGUAUUAUACUUUAGACUAGACCUACUUAGAUAGAUCCAGGAAAUGCUUUUUUACAGUUUUUCUCAACUGCUAAAACACUAAAACCCAUUGGCUGAACAAAGUUCUCAGUUGCCUGGACUCAUUUAGCUAAUUAUGCAGUCUGUUGUCAAUACCUUAAACCAUUUCACAUGGUAAAACACAAUUUGCAGAUCUCACUUAGACUUUUCAGCAAAACUCUAAACACAUUCUCAUUCUCAAAACACAUUCUGCACUCUAAUGCACAUGUCCUCCAUACUGGUAGACACAUUCUGCACUCUAAUGCACAUGUCAUCCAUACCGGUAGACACAUUCUGCACUCUAAUGCACAUGUCAUCCAUACCGGUAGACACAUUCUGCACUCUAAUGCACAUGUCAUCCAUACCGGUAAACACAAGUGGCAACAAUCAAAUACAUUUAGAGAAGACAUGUCAUUGAUUGAACACAACCACUCAAAAUUGAUUGAACCUGUUUCAAAUGAUGCGACACAACCAAUAUAAGCCAGUUCAGAGAGCAAACAGGUUGUUGAAGGUGGGAAGGAGAAAGUCUGAGAAUGGAUACUGUAGUACAGUGCAUUGUAGGCUGUAUACUCUACAAUGGAUGAAUUGUAUGGUCCUGAACAUUUAGCUUUCCAUUUAUUAACAGUACUGACUGAUCAAUAGAUUUUGACUGGUUGCAGGUUCAUAUCAACAAAGAACGAGAAUUACAGUAUCACAGAGACAAAGGACAAGUUUGUGAGGUGCAGGGUACAGUACUGUAAAAAUAGGGGUACAAGGAGGAGGAAGAACAAAAAACAAAAUUGCAAAGAGCAAAGCAGAGUUGUAAUUUCUGAUCCAUUUUGAGCAAUUUUGAGCUACUAUGAUAGAACAUGUUUUCGUUCAUCAAAAGACAAUGACAGAACAAUAUGUACUUCUCCCUGAGAAUUGUAUGUUUUGAACAAUGUGUUUUCUAUUGCUUGAGUGUAUAUCACUCUCAAUCAUUUUGAUCACUUUGUUUAUGAUUUGAGAGCAGUGUUUGAUUUUGAACACAGGUAAAACUGUUUUGAGGUGAAUGUUUCAUUUUGCGAGAGGAGUCAGAGGUUAUGUAAAUAGUGCUUGAAGAUGAGGUUUUGUGUUUAAUGUUUUCAGGAAAUGGAGCAAGGUUUCAGAAGUUGUGUUUUAGCAAUUGAGAAAAACUGUAAGUGUCAAAACACUUAUCUGUCAUGGAAACAUUUUUUAUUACUCUGAAGUGUAUUAUCAGUAUAUUAUGUUCUGUUCCCCUCUGUUUAAACUGUAUUUUUCCCCACUAUUUUUCUACAGUAUAUAUAUAUAUAUAUAUAUAUAUAUAUAUGCUGAUUCUGUUGUUGUUGUUCUUUUUCCCCAUUGAGUUCUGUAUUAAAGUCCUCCAGCAGUGUGUGGCCUUCCUGGGCAGCUGUGUUGGCUCAGGGGACCAGUGUUGAGUUACUUUUGCCCUCACUAACAGGGCUGAUCAACCGCGCUCCUGAGACCCAAUGACCAGACCAUAGCCUGACCUUAACCUGACCAGGUCGUGACCGCUCGUAGGUCAUCUUACACGAGUCGCCAGAGGAGGCUCAUACUGGCCAGCAUAAAAGUAGUUAUGAUAACAAAACAGAAACUCUUUGACUGUAGCUAACAUCCGCUGCUUUCUUUAUCUCGAACCAGAUUAUUUUAAAAUUCCUUGGCUUCUGAGUGAAACAGGAGACACAGAUAAACAUAAACAUGUUUUCUCUCAAACUCACUGUUGCUCAGCACUCCAUCUUAAUCAAGCCAGCUAUGCACUCUCCCUGCACUUAGAAAAAGGGCACACUUCUAUGUUGUUUCUCAAUCAAGACAAAAAUAUCCUCUUUCCGUUGUCAGUUUUUUAAUAAUUUGACAUCCACAUUAAUGCACUGUCAUUGUGAAAACAACAGACAAAAAGCUUGCUAUAAUGUCAAAAUGUACUACAGCUAGCUUUAAAACAUCAAGCCUUCUCUCCGAGUGGCUGACUGCAUGGUGAUGGUGUUUUAUCACAUUGGGGGAAUAUUGUUGUUGAGAUCCUCUUCUUUCUUUAACUAUUCGCUUGGCCCCAGUGUUGUGUAAAUCAGCUUGACUCUCUCACACUAUUACUCAUAUAGAAAAACGCUAUAUCUCACGAGUGCCAGUGGUUAAUCUCUGUCCCAGAUUUCUGCUCCAAGGCCCAGCUCCACAGCCUUUGAAGAGAGGUGACUGUUUUUUGUAACUUUAGUGCAGUCCACUUAUAAUCGUCACAACAGAGGCUGUAUGAAAACCAUCCACUUAGAAAUAGUACAUUCCUUUACACAAAUGUGGGGCUUUCUAAGAGGAUAGGGUUGAAUGGGAAAGAAUAUGGAUGACAUCAGUAUAGUGUACUGUCGUAGGACAACUUUACAGUACAUUAAACACUGCUUUCAAAGCC